AUGGCACCUAGCCAAGAAACAGCCUCCAUGGAGGACAUGGAAGCCAAAUUUGAAACAAAGCAUGUCGAAGACACCAAGGAUGGCAUACCGAGCCAAUCGCUAGACACGAUUGAGGAUACCCAAACGGGCUAUUUUACCUGGCUUGUCUCGAUUACCAUCGGCGUGGGCGGUUUUCUGUUCGGCCUUGGAGUGGGGUCGGCAGCUAUGAUCAUCCCACUUUAUAUUGCCGAAGUGUCUCCAGCAAGGUACCGCGGUCGCAUGAUUGGGAUAGACAACAUGUCUAUCACUGGAGGGCAGCUGAUUGCGUACGGCGUCGGUGCUGGCCUCGCUAAUACCUCCCAUGGAUGGCGAUACAUGGUAGGAUUAGGGGCUGUCCCAGCUCUUGUCCUCGGAGUUUGUCUCCAGUUUUGCCCCGAGUCACCGCGGCAACUGAUCUACCAAGGAAAGCCCGAGGAAGCCACUAAAGUAGUCGCAAAGAUAUUUCCUAGAGGAUCGGAUCUGCAAGUUCAGCAGAAAGUGCAACGCAUGACCAUUGAUGUUGAGGAAGCUCUAGUGUUUUCUGGAGAGGGGCGAUUCUGGCGACAGAUGAAACAAAUGUACACGGUACCUGCCAAUUUACGUGCUCUGAUAGCGGCCUGUGGGUUGAUGGGUAUGCAACAAUUUACGGGAUACAACACAUUGAUGUAUUAUUCAUCGACUCUUUUCGGCAUUGUUGGAUUCACGAACCCAAUUGCCGUCGGAACAAUCAUUGCAGGGACGGGGUUUGGUUGCACCUUUAUAUAUUUCCUACUGAUUGAUCGAUUUGGACGACGAUGCAUCCUUCUCGCUACCAUGUGGGGUAUGGCCGCGUUUCUAGCUAUUGCUGCGAUAGGAUUCCAUUAUAUCCCAACUCGACCAGACCUUACCUUAGAAACAACAAAUAUCGGCUGGCCCGCAUAUCUAGUUCUGGCAUCGAUGAUCAUUUUUGUUGUUUUCUACUCGCUUGGUAUUGGGAACUUGGCAUGGGUUUCUAGCGAGUUCUUUCCGAUCGAAAUUCGCGCUCUUGGUACAAUGAUGAUGACUUGCACAUGUUGGGGCACUAAUAUCAUCGUCGCCUCGACUUUUCUAACACAGAUGGAGAAUACAACUCCAUCAGGUGCAUUCGGGUUUUAUGCUGCCUUGUGCUUCAUCGGUUGGAUUGGUGUUUAUUUCUUCUAUCCCGAAGUUAGAGGAAUGACUCUAGAAGAUAUUAGAGAAGUAUUCAAUCAUGGAUUUGGUGUGGAAUAUGCUCGGGGUGUCCAAAAGGAGCUUGCACGUAAGGAAAAAGCUCAAGCCCGAGGAGAAACCAGAGGAGCAGAAUCAUAA